UUCAACGCUGGCUUUCAUCGCUUACAAGUGUGAGCAAGAAAAAAAGUCAAGGAGUGACGAGAGGCUGUGUUCAGUUGCCAUGGGAACCCCAGGAGGGCCAGGUGGAUGACAACAGGCAAUGGACGGAUGGUGAGAGCUGGCAGAAACUGAACUGUCUCCACAACAUGGCAAACAGCAACACUGACGUGGGACAUGUAUUGGUCAAGGUUCAAGAGGAUCUUCAAGAGCUGAAAGAGAAAAUCACAAACAUUACAAUACAUGGGAAAGCAGCAACAGUGAACAUUCAAACGCUUGAAACAGCCAUUCGUAGGACAGAAAUGGGCCUGAAGAAUCAUGCAGCAGCAUACUUGAAUGUAAUCAAUAACCAAGUGUUGACCCUUCCUGCUGUGGAAUACAGAGAUAUGUCAGCUGCACACCCUUUACCUUCCCCUGUUUCACUGAGUAUCAAUAAAAUAAUCAAGAAACCUGUUGUCUACCCAUCUUUGAACAAAAAGCACCAUGGUAUCCAGCUAUGGAAUGCGCCUAAACAUAUCUCACCUGGAACACAACACAAGCAUGCCAUGGAUAUGAGGAUUUUGUGUGAUCCCACCAAUCCAAAGAACAGAAAUUUUUUACAUCAGAACUAUGGGAUUCAACUUCCUUUUAUUAAGAAUGAAAUACCUGAUAUACCUCCUCAAAAACUUAUUAAAGGUUCUACAGUGGGCACACUUGCUGUUUUGCCUGCUUCCCACCGUGAAAAUCCAUCACUCCUUCCUCCAUUUGUAUCUGAAAAAGAUGCAAGAAAAGGUAUUCUGAGUUUGAUUGAACGAGGUUUAAUUCCUCCAGCAUCUGAGCUGACUGUUGAUCCACCUUUUGUCCAAAACAGAGCAGCAAAGAUUCAUGAUAUUCAAGAGAAGCAUAGGAAACCAGCCCCUGAAGUAUUUGGUACUUAUCCGAAAAAUGCUUUCUGUAUAGUUGUUAGUGAGUCAUAUGCAGAGGAAACAAAGUAUCCGGACAAGAAACCAGAAUCUAAGCUGCCAUUAAAGAUGGGCACUGUUACUCCUGCACCUUCGUUCAUGUCCAGGACAUCAACUAAGGACAUCAGCGCAGUUCAACACCUACAUGGUAAAGGAAUGGUGCCCUUUGAAUUUCAUCAGCCAAAGCAGUUUCAAGUGCUGCCUGUUCAUCGGCCCCAAGAAUUUUCAGAAACUUUCUAUGUUACAAUUUUCAACGGCAAAAUAGAUCACACUGCUCCAGACAUCCUGGCUUUCAAGCAACAUUACCAGUUAUACUGGGGACACAUCUUAUCCUUUCUGGAAUAUCUUGAGACGAAACUAAGACAAUACGAUGUGCCAGUUGCCAUUGUAGAAGGCCAGAAGUUGGCAGAAAUUUCAGCUGUCUUUGAACUUAAUUCACAGCCCAACUGGAAGGACCUGCUCCCUGUGGUGAAAAAUAGAGAAUUGGUGGAAGAGAUCAUCAAGCGACCAGGCCAGCAGUAUAGAGGGCCAGAUGGCUUGGAAAUCGCAGCUACAAAAAUCCAGGCUAUCUGGAGGCAAUACCAGUGCAAGACCAAGUACCUCAUAGCUCGUCGCCAGAAGUGGGCAGCAGGUGUUAUUUCCAUCUCCUGGCUCAUGCGUGCUCAAAGGGUGCGGGUGAAGAAGACCCUAAAGCAGUCACGUCAGAGACACCUGGAAAAUUUUCGCAGCAGGGCCAAGCAUCUGGCAGCCAACUGGAAUCGCAUCAAGGCCUCCAGGAGAACUAUUAUCCACAUCCCAUCAUUAGGGUAUGCCCAGUCAUUGCGAUCAUCUGUGCCCAAUAUAGAUACUCAACAGAACCUACAGAUGGGAAGGUUAUGUGACAUCAGGGAUGACAAUGUAGAUGUAAUCUAUAUUUGUCCCCUGUGGAUUGGUGAGGAUGUGACCCAAUACUACAUGAAUCUACUUGGGCUGCAAGAAGCCAUCAAAACAGGAAAACCUGAGAAAGUAAUGAACGUAGAAGAUCGUCUCAAAGUCAUGACACCCGAGGCAAUAAGCUGUUUUCCUAACCACCACUUGUGCCUGGCCACUCAUCUGAAAUACAGUCCCAAAACAAUAAAGCGAAUAAAAAAUCUCAUUGAAGGCAAGGCUGCCUACAUCGUUGGCGGGCUGCUACACAAGGAUGACUUAGCUGUUGCAGAUAUGUUAAAUGUGCCAAUCUUAGGCCCAGAGCCGGAAGUGGCCCAUCUGUACAGUACUAAGUCUGGAAGCAAAAGAAUCUUUGCGAGUGCUUCGGUGCCAAUGCCGCCUGGGGAGUAUGAUAUAUACAAUCUUCGGCAGAUGCAUGAAGUCCUUACUCAACUUAUCCUCGAAAAUCUAGAAAUUAAGCGUUGGCUGUUCAAACUGGAUGUAGAAUUUGGCGGGAGAGGUACUGCGUAUUUUGAUGUCUUGCACCUGAAGUGUUAUAAGCAGAUUCUAAAGGAAUUUAGGGGAAUAGGCCCUACAGUAUGGCUGAAGAAGAAAUGGAUUCAGGAACCUUCUGAGCUGAAGUUAUCAAGGGAGUUGCCUGGAAUUUUGGCAGAGCAUGCACAGCCAGCUAAUAAGAAAAUAUUCCCAACAUGGGAAAAGUUCGUAGAGAUGUUCCUCUGUCAAGGUGGUGUGGUGGAAGCGUACCCUCCCUCAGACAGUGUUACCAAUCUUACCAUCGACAUGCUCAUAGAACCAACAGGAGAGGUAUCAAUGGUUUCUUGUGGGGAUCAGAUCCAUUCCAAUAGCCCACUGGAAUGUUGGGGCACCACCGUGCCACAAUGUUCUGUGAAUCCAGGCAACCUACACUCAGUGUGUGUAAAGAUCGCUGAAGCCUGUAAAUGCAGAGGAAUCAUAGGCUUCUUCUCAAUUGACCUGGUGACCUUCAUACAUCCACUUACAAUGGAGCAGCAGGUCUGGGCCACAGACUUAGACCUGGCCUACAGUGACCAGCUGGCUAUGACACAACUGAUGCUCUUCAUAUCUAAUGGGAAGCUGACUUGCAAAACCAAUACCUUUGAGGUGUCUCCCAAGCCCAGGGAGAGGAAGCAAACAUCAAACAGGAAAGAAUUGGCGAUGAAAGAAAGAGCACAAAUUCAACUUCCUUUUAUGAAACGUUACGGAGUGUUAAGCACACAGCUGAAACAUACCAAUUUAUCCAUCGUCCACUACAGUGUACUCUUCAAGAUUUUUAAAGUUCAUGGAAUCGGUUUUGAUAUUAAGGAAAGACAAGGAACAGUAUUUAUACUUCAUGAAGAUAAUAAGAAGGAUCGCUUGGGGAUGGUAACAAUCGGGGAAGAUCUCCAGGGGGCUCUGCUGACCUUUGCUCGUAAUCUCUCUGUCAUUCAUCAGGAAAUAACAGCACCUAAUAUGCAAUUGGAGAACAAUUUUCAGGCAGCGAUCAAAGACAUUGAGUUAAUCCUCGGAGUUACAAUAGUGAACAAGUCCUGCAAUAAAGAAGAGCACCCAACCACUGCACUAGAGGCUCUGACUGGAAGAUCCUAAUUCAGAGAAACUCGCUAUGCACCAAUAUUCAGGACUACUUAAGCUCCAAUUCUAACUGUGCUGCACUGGAAUCCUGGCCUACUGUCAAUGAUUCCAAAAAAAAUGCAAUAUUCUUCAAUCAUUUUAAAAAUAUGGUUGGACCUAUGGAAGCAUGGAAGGAGUCCAAGAACAUCUGUUCUUCACAAUAUGAUAUUCUGAAAAUGAUAGAAAUUAGCUCAGUCACAAUUAAAAUGUUCAAGCUGAGCUAAAAAGACAUACUUUCCAUGUUAGUGAUAUAAAUACUUGAUGGCUUUCUUUUAAUUCUAUUUUUCCAUCCUUUACGUUUUUCUGUUGUUCGCUGUCGGCCUUGGACAUUGUUUGAAAAUCGAGAAAUCUAUUUACAGGACCCUGCAUAUGUCACUUUGUAGCCAGUAGGAGGUGCACAAAAUCAACCCAAAACAAUUCACUUGCGAUCAAAAGAGGCAAAGUAAUUCUUUUUUCAUGUGUAAGCCCUUUAGCUGCCCAGCCAACUAUUAUUGACAGAUCUGCGUCUUAUUUAAUUACCAGUGUUAUUCCUGAACAUCUUUAGGGUUUCAGUACAAUCACAAUACAAGACGGAAAUUCAUUUUUUCAUUCUUCCAUUUGCCUGGAAGCAUGUAAAGAAUGUGGCCUGGAUUGAGCAUACAGCAGAAUGUAUUCUAGAUCAUUUCUGCAAUUUUAAGAAGUAUGUCGCAUGU